UCCUCAUAAAACAGGGACUGAGGACCUGACCACAUCAAAGCCUGAAACUACAACUAAGAAAGCUACUACUACAAGGCCGGCGGGCAGUGGUGGUGGUGGUGGUGUUGGUGGUGGUGAAGCAGGGGCAAUAGGAGGUGGCUUCGGAGAUGUAUCCGGACCUUGCUUCAUUCAGUGUCCAGAAAAACCAGCUGGGGAAAAUUGUACCGAAUAUUAUGAUGGUUGCUGUACAAGAUACAUCUGUGGGGAUCUUCCAAGGAACUGUCGUGAAGGUGACACUGUUUACGAAAUUGGCCAGUCAUAUGAGGCUAGUAGGUGUCGCACCUGCUAUUGUUCAUAUUCAGAACAAGGGGCAGUUUCUAACUGCUACAACUCAUACUACUGCCCAGGAGCACCACACAAGGAUUGCGUGUCGCUUGGUAAACCACAGGAUAAAUGCUGCGAACAAUUCGACUGUGCUAACACGACCUGUAAGCUAGAUGGCACCUACUAUGCUAUAAAUGAAAAUUGGAUAGCUAGGAGAGACCCUUGUAAGAACUGCACAUGCGUGAAAAAAGGGAACAGCCCACCUGAGACAGUCUGUGAGACGCUUGUAUGUAAAGAUCCGCCGUCGCCGGCCUGCCGUCCACUCAAGUAUGCUGACGAGUGCUGUCCUCACGAUUGGGAUUGCACCAAUGAUUACCUCAUCACGACAGCGAGAAAAUAUGUAAGAGGCCACAAGGUUCCCCUUUGCGUUUUUGGUGCCUCACAGAAUGUACCUGUUGACCUGACAUUCCUGCUUUCGGAUAAAUCACAAAGCUCUUCAUCAGUCAAGGUGCAGGGAACAACAGCUAAUGGCUACUCUUGCAGUGAACUUGAAGUCCCGAGAACCAUUGCCGAAUCUGCCAUCCUGAACGUAACAGGCACAGUCGGACAGACGAAAGUCCAGCAACAACACCGGAUCUUGACCGUUGGAAUUUCCAAGACUUUUGUACAGACUGACAAGUACCUCUACCUUCCGGGCCAACUGGUACAGUUUCGAAUCCUGACCCUGACCGGAAAACAAGGCUCUGUUUCGUACGAAUCGGUCGACAGUGUUUGGAUUCAGUCGCCAACUGGAAAUCGCUUGGCCCAGUGGACAAAAGUGGCCAAUCCAGACGGGCUCUUGCAGCUCAGCUUCCAGUUGGCUGAUGAAGUUGAGGAGGGUGAAUAUAAAAUCAAAGUAAAUGCUACAGGCUUGGAGGUGGUAACUUCCCAGACUUUCAAAGUUGAGCCCUAUGUACUGCCAAGAUUUACCGUAACUCUUGACACACCAAGUUCUGUGUUGGCUACUGCAACCGAGAUACCAUUCACCGUUUGUGCAAAGUACACAUUUGGCGAACCUGUUAAAGGAGCAGCCACAGUCAAUGUGACAAUGAUGACUUAUUACAUGGAGGACAAAGGCUUUUCUGCAUCGAAAUCGGACGUCAAUGGCUGCUGGGAAAGCAAGAUACAGCUGACACAGACGAACACUAACUUCUACGUUUUUGAUUUACUGGCAAAAGCAACUUUCGUUGAAGAUGGCACAGAGGCUGAAGUGAAUGCUAGCAGGACGAUCAGUGUUGUUCGUAAUAUCUAUUCUUUCGAGAGACUUUCACCUCAGGAUUAUUACAGGCAUGGGCUUCCUUAUCCUUUCAAGUUAAAAGUGACAAGAGAAGAUGGAGAGCCAAUCAAAGGCAGAGUGAUGUCAGUCUGUGUUAGAAUUGCCUGCAAAAAUAUUACCCUGGACGACACUGGAAUUAUUGAUGUUCUCGUUCCUUCCAGUGCCUUGAGGGACAAUAAUCAGAUCGUGGUGACACCAGAUCAGCCUCAGCAAGAAAUCGGUCCCCUGGGUUACCUGUAUUCAUCGAGCUUUUACGACGGGCCUCUGUUUUAUCACUCUCCCUCGCUCUCCAGUCUUCAGCUCGAGAUGCCCUCAGAAGCGUUGGAAUGUAGCGCUGGAAGCGGGGCUAUUGACAUUCCAGUCUUCUUCAUCAGUAAUGGAACUUCGAAAGCGUUGAUGAGAACGCAGCUGGUGUCAGCGGACCAGGUCCUGUGGACUGAAGUCAAGGAGUACGACCUCACAGCCUCUGCUCUCCCGAUAGACCAGUCGAAGUUCAUUGAACCAGAGGGCAGCAUCGAUGCUGGACUUGUCCGAGGGAGUUUUGUUGUCAAGGUUCCUGUGCAAACAAACCUCUUGUCUGACCUCAAAGUACUAAUGUGGUACGCAAGGGACGAUGGAGAAGUCGUUUCAACGUCUGGCGAUGUGAAAGCCAAACAGUGUCUCAGCAACCCUACUACGCUGGCCUUUUCGUCGCCCAAGGCAACUCCAGCACCAAAAGAUCCUGUGACACUGACCAUUUCGGCCACGCCAAAGUCUGUCUGUGGUAUUGGUGUGGUUGACAGAAGCGUGGAAAUCCUGUCCAGAGAUCAGCCUGACAGACUGACAAACUCUGCCAUAUUUACAGUCUUGGACCAGGCAAAAAUAUCAUCCUACGAAAAUACACAAAUUAACACUCAAGAGUAUUGCUAUGGAACUAAUAACUAUGGAUAUUUCUAUGAUGUUGCUCCUGCAGUUCCACGAUCCAUUAUUUUCCCGUAUUACUUCAGCUCUGAUGUUGAUGCGAUUCAGGCUUUUGGUGAUGCUGGAUUACUCGUCUUGACAGAUCUAACAGUAGAGACAAGGCCCUGUCCGACUUACAACUUUGGAGGCGAUUACGAUAACUAUUUUGAUAACUUUGGUCCACCAGCACUUGCUGCACCAGGUCCUGCUGGUGGUGGUGGUGCUGGUAAUGGUGCUGCUGGUGGGGCAGUUGCAGCUACUGAAAGCGGAUCUCAGGCCACUGACACAGGGGGAGACUCAGUUGACACUGGUGGUGAAUCAAGGGAUUACUUUCCAGAAACCUGGCUGUGGCAGAUGGUAGUCGUAGGUGAUGGUGGACAGACCAAAGAAGACCUCGAGUUACCAGACACCAUUACGGAGUGGGUGGGUGAAGCUGUUUGCACCCAUCCAGAAAAAGGCUUAGGCCUAAGUCCCUAUGCAACAGUCACCACCUUCACUCCGUUCUUCAUGGAUCUAACGAUGCCAGCAACUGCAAGAAGAGGAGAAAACAUUCCAAUCAAGGUCUCGCUCUUCAAUUACCAGAAUGAGACGUUGCCGGUAACAGUUACUCUCCAAGAUAGCGGCAACUACACGGCUUCAACUAGAUCAGCAGACCUCUGCGUUAAGACCAACGACAAGGGCGUGGCAGAGUUCAUUGUGACGCCCUCUGCAGUUGGAGAUGUAAAUCUUACUUUCACGGCUGCUGUGAACAGACUGAAUACACAGUGCAGUAGUACCACGACCUUGGUGAAGAGUGACACAGUCAUCAAGCCACUGAUGGUGAAAUUUGAAGGCGUCACGGAAGAAAAAGUGGCAAGCGACUACUUUUGCUUAGUGAAUGGACAACCACAAGGUUCCUUUGACCCUUGGUCGAUCACGACCCCAAAAGGAAUUGUUCCAGACUCCCAAAGGAUUUUCGUCAGUGCCACGAAGGAUAUCAUGGGGCCGACGCUGGAAAACUUGGGUAGCUUAAUAGCCAUGCCUUACGGGUGCGGAGAACAGAACAUGCUUACGUUUACACCGAAUAUAUACGUUCUUCAGUACCUGGAGGCCAUUGGGCAGCUGACUCCAACGAUGGAACAAGAUGCCAAGAGAUAUAUGGAGGCUGGAUACCAGCGAGAACUGACUUACAAGAGGAAAGACGGGUCCUACAGUGCUUUUGGCCAGAGCGAUAAAGAAGGAUCUACGUUGUUGACAGCCUUUGUCCUACGGUCCUUUGGCCAAGCUGCUGAAUACAUCUCUGUUGACGAGAACGAGCUGGAAGCGAGCAGUGACUGGCUGCUUGGACUCCAAGAUAAGGAUGGAUGCUUUCCUCUCAAGGGAACUAUUCACCACAAGGAUCUCCUGGGAGGCAUUGACGGCCAGUCCCUAGUGCCAAUGACAGCCUACGUCCUGAUAUCAAUGCUGGAAUCUGGAAAAGUCGACAACGCAACAGCAGUGACCAACGCCAUCAAGUGCAUCACAUCCACAACCAAAACUGACCCCUACACAAACGCCCUCGUAGGCUACGCCCUGGCCCUCGCCUCUGACAGCCGAGCUAAGGGCAUCAUAGACAAGGCCUACAAUGCCCUGACGACUGACCCCGGCGCCCUUAAUCAGCCAACUCUUGUGGAGACGGCUGGAUAUACACUUCUGGCCAUGAUGAAGGUGGACCAGAAUGCCUAUGUAGACGAGGCUUCAAAGCUUGCCAAGUUGAUCUCUAGCAACAGGAAUGGGCAGGGUGGUUUUGUGUCCACUCAGGACACCGUCAUAGGCCUACAAUCUUUAGCAACGUUCAGUGAGAAAUACCCGUCACCCAAAGGAUCCAUGAACCUGGGAGUUACAGCAGGUAACCAGACACUCUCUUUCACACUGAACGAGGAGAAUCGUCUUCUACUGAACACUGAGUACAUCACCCAAUCUCCCCCCUUCAAUGUCACUCGAACAGCUACGGGUGAGGGCUGUGCUUUGGUCAUGGUGAGUUUGGAAUGGUUCGUAGAGCUAGUUUUGAGUUUUUUUUCUCCUCCCACAGAUCUUAAAAACUAUUGA